GUUGUAGCAUGGACUUUCUUCAGGGCAAGCGGUUGCUAACUACGGCGGGAGACUGCGAAGCAUCAGCGACGCCCCCAACCGUCUCAAGGGGACUUGUCAUGGCGCCGUCACCCUCGAAAGGAGCGGCUCCAACUUCCCCGCUACAAGUACGAGAAAUGCCUUGGUGUGGAGCUACGGCAGACGAGGACAUUCACUUGAUGGAUAGAACGCAUUUAAGAAACGUCGCAAAGCGCACGAUCGAUUCUAUUUGAGCCCCCUCCAUGACAGCUCCAGCACACCUGGUGUCGCGAUCGUUUCAUCCACAAGUGUGUCGUCGCCGUCUCGGCAGCAGUUUCACCGCGUGGAAGCUUCCCAUAUUGCUAUCCCUGUCGAACACUUGUGUGACCAACACAACGACAUAACAUCCGAAUCUGCCCCAACGUCGCCCACUCUAGUGUUGCCCCUCCGAAAGAGCAAGGACGAGCAACUGCGCCUUCGUUCGUCCAAGUCGCGCGACCCGUUGGUCCCCCAUGCCUCCCGCGCUUCCGCAGUGCGCAUGCCCAUGGACUCCCCGACCAAGAAAAUUCCCACCCAAGUAGAGCCACCUCCCCCUCUUCCACCCCCCUCGUCGCCAACAGAGACACCGAUUCAAGUUUUGCAGCAGUCAUUGCUUUCCACGUUUUGGUCGCGGCACUUGACCCCGUCUAAACACAAUCGCAGCUUGUCGUGUUCUACUGCAAACGACGAAAUGCUAGAGCCGCAAGCCGCCGGAGCCAUCCAUCUAGACGACGACAUCCGAGCGUUCUGUCAGCGUGGUCCAGUAUCGCAACUGUCUCGCUCGAUGGGGAAGGCCUGGCUCACCAACAUGCUUCGCGCCUACGACGUUCCCAGCCUCUCGCAGGCAGCAUGGGGAGACGUGGAAACCGAGCGGCAGUUGCAUCUUGUGAUCGCCCAAGCCCAAUGUCACUUCCAACAAGGCGAUAACCCAGCGUUUGUGACGGCGCUCCUGAACGCCGUGGCCAACGACAUCUGGGAUAGUUGUACCCACGACUUUGUGCACACUGUCGCAGGGUAUUAUCGGGAUCUUCUCACGCAUUUGCCCACACUAUUGAAAGAGCGCGAGGCCAAACUCGAAGUCGCGCACCGUACCAUUCUCCGUCUCGAGGACGCCUACGAGGUGCUCCGAAAGAGGACGGAGGCCCUCGGGCGUGACAAGAGUGGCUUGCAGGCCCGCGUCGACGCGGCAGAAGCAACCGUACACGACCAACACGGCACGAUCGUAGACAUGGAAGGAGUGUUACGCGACGCCGUGGCGGCGGAAUUGAUGGCCACCGCCACAGUCAAGCAGCUGGAACUUCAAGUGCGGGAAGUGGAGAAUGCACUGGAUAUCAAAACACAAGCGUUCGACCAACAAGCGGUCGAGAUGCAUGAGAUGAGUCAGCGAUGUUUGGGCCUUGAACGGGCAGUGCUAGAUACGAAGCAAAGCCUGGCAGACGCAAUCCAAGACCGCGACGUCGGAGCAAUGCAGAUCAAGGAGCUGACGGCCAAGUCGAUGCAAAUGAUGCAUGAGAAUGCUGCCAUGUCCAACAAAGUCAGCGACAUGCACGUGGAGCAGCAAGUGUUGUUGCUUCGAUUGAAGGCCGAAACCACGCAGCACGAGCAACCAACUCGAGCAACAAUGCGCCAAUGUUCGACGUCCCCGUUGACCACCGACGCAGCCGCGGUGCUGCAGGACAGAAUCGACCAGCUGCAAGAUCAAGUGUUUCGGCAUUCAAUCGACUUGGCGAAUCGAGACAAAGCGUUGCGGGUCCAGCAACACGACCAAGGACACAAGGACGAGCUGCUCAAGCGGUUAGACACCAUGCUGGAAACGGCCAAGGCGGACAAAGAGGCGCUGCAGGCGGCCCACGACGCGCUCUUGGCGCAACGAGAUACGCUCAAACGUCGACUGGACCUGACGCGAGGAAGCGACGAGCACGACCUCCUCAAGCAUCAAAUCCAAGUGCUCAGGACAGACAAACUCCAGCUCCUCCAAGACCUCGCCCGAGUUGUGCUGGAACGCGACGUUGCCAUCGAUGACGUGGCCAGAGGUCGUCGCAAAAUCGACCACAUUCGCCGCAUCCUGGCCACAGUUGUGAUGGAGAUCAAGCGGUUGCGUGAUGCCCAUACCAGCCUUCGCAUUGCCGUAGCCAAGCAACUCGACGGGUGUCAAAAGCAGAUUCGCAGUGUCACAAUGAGCGUGAACGCAACGAUCGCAAAGGUUGUGGCCACGGAAUUGGGGCUGUCAAAGGACAUUGUCAAUAUGCAACGGGGAGCUGUGAAUGGAAACCCCGUGUUUCGAUAUACCCUCCAGCUCUUUCAGAAAAAGCUGCAGCAAAUACGAGCGUCGUGGCACGACCUUCGAACGCAAUCCCAGUCCGACAUGACCCUGCUGGCAGCUUUUCACAGCGAGAAAACCCAACAUAUUCAACACGUUGCCAGGACGAUCCAAGAAACGAUGGCGCGGAUGCACAAACCCAAGCCGAAGAAGCAACCGUUGAUUUCCAUUCCGUCGACCAAAUCUGUCAAACAACUUGGCAGUGUGGUCAAGCCCCCCCCUUCUGCUUGCACGAGUGCCACCACCCAAACCAACUCGGAAGACGGCAGCAACCCCCAAACCACCCAAAGCCGCUCGAACGAAUUGGCCGAGCAUUUGACCAAGGUGCUGCUUCCAGUGCUGGAAGCCACGGAAACCAAGCUCAUGGCCGUGAUGGACAAAGUCGAGCGGCAGAAACUGGAUCUCCUGGCAGCGUACGAGCGCGAAGCAGAGCUGCGAAAUCGACUGCAAAGCUCGUCGGCGGCGGCACCCCCUUUGUCGCUUGGUCACGCCGCGCGUUCUCAAUCCCCCAUAAACACCCAACAACCCACCCGACAAGGCACACCCGCCGCGAUUGUCCAAGUCCGACACCAGUUGCUCGCCAUGACGUCUGGCGACGAAAAUGCCAACUUGGCCUUGCAUGUGGCCGAUCUGUACGACAUGCUGCACACGAAUUUGGACGUGCUUGAAGCGGCGUUGGACGAUGGCCCAGUGCUGUAUCUUGACCAUUGCAACGGAAGUCAAGGCGCGAUUGUCACAGAUGGAUUCGACCCGUCCGCCUCACCCCGACGAACCAACAACAACGACGUGUCGCCCCCCCCCGGCCGCCGGCUUUUCAAACCGUCCAAGACGUCGUCCCGCACACUCUUUCCUGUAGCGGACCCAACCCCGAUGGAGCCCCCCGUCGUCGUCGACGUCUCCCCUUUCUCAACUCUGACGGAUGCAACGGCGUCUCAUUCGGCUACGGUGUCGACGUUGAACAUGUCCAUCCGCGACGGCGAGAUUCAGAACGUCCCCGCGGCAGUCCGCAAAUGCGUCAACACGGUGGUCUUGAAGCUCGCCGCCGCCGCGCUGUUUCAAGACUCGAUCAACGUUCACGACAUGGUGUCUUUGUUUCUCACAGCUGACCACGACGUCGACGUGUGGGCCCAUGGCGUCCAGGACAUUCGUGACGACCAACUCAUCCAAAACCACGUCCCAGCCUUCUCGUUGACAACUGCCACCACUGCUUCCCCUCCGUCGCAUACGGAUGCAACAGGGACCUCUUCCCAUCAAGACAAGUUGAACACGACGGAACUACAACCGCAUGCCAGUAGUGGUACCAAACAACACCCGGCGGCACGCCCCGUGGUUAAAGUCGUCACACGGCUGCUGGAUCUUGUGGGUACCGACAUGUACGCGGCCGACAAGGAGGUUGCGCACACUAGGACGUGGCUGGUCAAGCAAAUCCGAAGCAUCUUCCACGACAAGUACAUGGCCGAGUCGCUCGAAUAUGCGGCGUUCCACGCGGUGCUGGCGCUGCCCGAGUUUAUCGUCCAGUGGUCGUUCCUCAAGUUUGGUGUUAAGGAGCUCGUGGCUCGGACCUGCCAUGCCAUCAUGGACGGCACGAACGAGUGGAAGGCCACCACGCCCGAAGUCAGUCUAUUUGCCGGGUUUUUGGCCGAGCAAGGCAACGUCGGGUAUGGCAAGUCGGACUUGUCUCUGUUUCUCCAUGCUCGGCAGCUGGUGGAGGAUUGUGUAGGCGACAUGCGGCCACUUGGCCACGACGACGUGCCUCGACUGACGUCCACUCAGGCCGUGCACAUCGUCCACCGAGUGUUUCAAACCCUGGUGCAUUGUCAUCGCCCCAUGAUCUUUGUCAAAUUGGAUGCCUUGCUCAAGCCGACCCAACACGAAACAGACGGCGUCGCCCGUGUCGACGACGAGCCUACGCCACUCGACAGCCCCCCCAUUCUAUCAGGAGUAUUUGAGUUUCAAGGACUGCCAAUGGCGUCCACGUUGACACCUAGUGGCGGCUUUCCAGAGGGCAAAAUCAAAACUGCCAUUGCGAGCUUCUACCUCCCCGACCCAAAGUUGAUUCUGGAAUCUGCGCUCGACACCGCCCUCCCCAUCGAAGAAGUAAAGUGGAUCGACGUGCACCAGCUUCUCCUGUUUUGCGUGAUCGAGUUUCGCGAAGAGAGGCGGCGAUUCUUCACAGACAUGCAAGCGUACGUCGCCACGAAGAAGCUUCGAGAGGACAUCUCCAAGCGUGAAUUCGAAAUGAUGAUGCACACUUUGUUUGAAUGGACACCGACCAUAUGCGAAUUGAUCUUUGAACAAUCUGGUCACCAUUCAUCGAAAACGGUGGUCGAGAGCGAUGGCACCGUGCUGGUGGACUGCCAACAUCUCAUGUGCAUGGGCUUGCAAUACUACACCAACCUGUUUGCGCUGGCUCGGUUUACGGAUGGUCUUAGCGUCGACCAGACAGAGUGUCCCCCUUGCUCCACCGAUGACAGCUUUACCAUGCUGGCAGCAGCUCCUCGCUUCCGCCAUCGGGAAGUUACUCGCGUGUGUCAAUAGACCUUUUUCGAAUCUUGGAUCUGGUUUAAUAUGGAUGAGAAAGGUCGAAUUUUGUCCCAAAAUCUGCCAAGUUGUCAUUGUUAAUUUACAAAAAUGGAAAAAUAUCCAAAAAUGGCCCUUCUCCUCUGAGAUGCGUG